GGGGGUGUCGCGGACGUUGAGGCGGAUGGAGUGUUUCAGGUUAUGGGGUGGGAGACACAGAAAGGUAAAAGGAGGUAACAUAGAUGUGCAUCCAUCUGAGAAAGCCCUCAUUGUCCAUUAUGAAGUGGAAGCAACGAUUCUUGGAGAGCUGGGAGACCCCAUGCUGGGGGAACGCAAGGAAUGUCAGAAAAUAAUUCGGCUGAAAAGUCUUAAUGCAAAUACAGACAUUGGUUCCCUGGCUCGGAAGGUUGUUGAAGAAUGCAAGCUCAUUCACCCCUCCAAGCUUGCAGAGGUAGAGCAGCUGCUGUACUACCUGCAGAACCGCAGAGAUUCCUCAGCAGGAAAAGAAAAGAAGGAGAAAACCAGCAAGCCAAAAGAUCCACCCCCAUUUGAAGGAACAGAGAUUGAUGAAGUUGCCAAUAUCAAUGACAUGGAUGAGUACAUUGAGUUACUGUACGAGGACAUUCCUGACAAGGUGCGUGGCUCUGCCCUCAUCCUGCAGCUGGCCAGGAAUCCUGAUAAUUUGGAAGAGCUGCUUAUAAAUGAAACUGCCCUGGGUGCAUUGGCUAGAGUGCUGAGGGAAGACUGGAAGCAAAGCAUUGAACUGGCUACUAAUAUAAUUUACAUUUUCUUCUGCUUUUCGAGUUUCUCUCAAUUUCAUGGGAUAAUCACACAUUACAAAAUUGGAGCUCUGUGUAUGAAUAUCAUAGACCAUGAACUGAAGAGACAUGAGCUUUGGCAGGAAGAACUUGCUAAAAAGAAGAAAGCUGUUGAUGAAGAUUCUGAAAAUCAAACCCUGAAAAAGGACUAUGAGAAAACGUACAAGAAAUACAAAGGCCUGGUUGUCAAGCAGGAGCAGCUGCUUAGAGUUGCAAUUUACCUGCUGCUAAACCUCGCUGAGGAUACUCGCAUUGAGCUGAAGAUGAGGAACAAGAACAUUGUGCACAUGUUGGUGAAAGCGCUGGACCGGGAUAACUUUGAGCUGCUUAUCCUCGUUGUAACCUUCCUGAAGAAACUCAGCAUUUUCAUGGAGAACAAAAAUGAUAUGGUUGAAAUGGAUAUUAUUGAAAAACUUGUGAAAAUGGUACCAUGUGAACAUGAAGACCUGCUGAAUAUCACUCUUCGACUCUUACUGAAUCUGUCCUUUGACACAGGCCUGAGAAGUAAAAUGGUCCAUGUUGGUUUGCUUCCCAAACUCACUGCACUCCUGGGAAACGAAAACAACAAAAAAGUAGCAAUUUGCAUUCUGUACCACAUCAGCAUGGAUGAUUGCUUUAAAUCGAUGUUUGCAUACACAGACUGUAUCCCUCAGCUAAUGAAGAUGCUUUUUGAAUGUCCUGAUGAGCGAGUUGACCUGGAACUUAUUUCUUUCUGUAUUAACCUUGCUGCCAACAAAAGAAAUGUGCAGCUUAUCUGUGAAGGAAAUGGUUUGAAAAUGCUCAUGAAGCGGGCUUUGAAGUUUAAGGACCCUCUGUUAAUGAAGAUGAUCAGAAAUAUUUCACAACAUGAUGGGCCAACUAAAAGCCAGUUUAUUGAAUAUGUUGGUGAUUUAGCAGCUCAAGUAUCAAAUGAUGAAGAAGAAGAAUUUGUGAUUGAAUGCCUGGGAACACUUGCAAAUUUGACCUUACCAGAGCUGGACUGGGAACUUGUGCUGAAGGAAUACAAGCUGGUUCCAUAUCUCAAGGAUAAACUAAAACCAGCAGGUUCUGCUGAGGAUGACCUCGUUCUGGAAGUGGUGAUCAUGAUUGGGACUGUUUCCAUGGAUGACUCCUGUGCUGCUCUGCUGGCUAAAUCUGGAAUCAUCCCUGCUCUCAUUGAGCUUCUGAAUGCUCAGCAGGAAGAUGAUGAGUUUGUCUGCCAGAUCAUCUAUGUGUUUUAUCAGAUGGUGUUCCACCAAGCCACCAGAGAUGUCAUCAUCAAGGAAACACAAGCCCCAGCAUACCUUAUAGACCUGAUGCAUGAUAAAAACGCCGAGAUCCGCAAGGUGUGCGACAACACUCUGGAUAUCAUAGCGGAAUACGAUGAGGAAUGGGCUAAAAAAAUCCAGACGGAGAAGUUCCGAUGGCACAACUCGCAGUGGCUGGAGAUGGUGGAGAGCCGGCAGAUGGACGACAGCGAGCAGUACCUGUAUGGGGACGACCCCAUCGAGCCCUACAUCCACGAGGGGGAUAUUCUGGAGAGACCUGACCUCUUCUAUAACGCAGAUGGGCUGAUAGCCCCCGAUGGAGCGGUGAGUCCGGAUAUCUUCGGGGAUUACCAGCUUCAGAAUGGAGACCUGGUUGGGCAGCACCCCUUCUCUGGCAACAUUGCAGUGGAUGGGUUUGGGCAGAGCGCGGGGGUUCCCGGGCGCCCGGUGACAGCGUACGGCUACCGGCCAGACGAGCCCUUCUACUACAGCUACGGGGCACGGUGAGCCCUGCCACAGCACCCUGCCACAGCACCCUGCCACAGCACCCUGCCACAGCACCCUGCCCUGCCCUGCCUGCAUGACUGCACCACCGUGGCUCAGCUCUCUGUAUCCUUUGGCAUGUGUAGCUCCACAGAAAUGUAGCCUUUCGGGGUCCCGUGUGUUAGUGACCGUGUUUACUCUUUGUCGUUAUUAUUUUUGUACAGUAACUGUGACUUGAAAGCAGGAAUUGGAAACUACUGGGCUGGAAGGUGUCACAUUAUGUAUAUUAAGCUACUAAUUUAAUUUCUAUUAAAUACAAAAACCUGUGUGGUCAGCAGUGGUGAAUGUGUUCUAACCAAUGUUUUGUGUGUUUUACAAGGCACUUAAGGAGAGUGCUCCAUGUGCAGUGUGUUUAACAUGGACUG